UUGUUCUCUCGUCGCUCCGCACCUGUUUCACCCCAUCAACCCUGUUAUUCGGAGCGAUCUGAGAGAAACUCUGCGAACAUGUUGGUUUACCAGGACCUCCUUACAGGUGAUGAGCUUCUCUCUGACUCCUUUCCUUAUAAGGAAAUUGAGAAUGGAUUGUUGUGGGAAGUUGAGGGAAAGUGGGUCGUUCAAGGAGCUAUUGAGGUAAACAUUGGUGCAAACCCUUCUGCUGAAGGUGGAGAAGAUGAGGGUGUUGAUGACCAAGCUGUGAAGGUUGUUGACAUUGUUGACACAUUCAGACUUCAGGAACAACCUGCUUUUGACAAGAAGCAGUUUGUUACUUUCAUGAAGAGGUUUAUCAAGAAUUUGACACCCAAACUUGAGGGAGAGAAACAAGAGUUGUUUAAAAAGCACAUUGAGGGAGCAACAAAAUUCCUGCUCUCCAAGAUUAAGGAUCUUCAGUUCUUUGUUGGGGAGAGCAUGCAUGAUGAUGGUUGCUUGGUCUUAGCCUACUACAAGGACGGUGCUACUGAUCCCACAUUUCUGUACUUUGCACAUGCUUUAAAGGAGGUGAAGUGCUAAGCGACGCACUUCACUACUUAUCUACCCUCAAUUUAUCUAGUUUUGUUUUACAGUCUGUACGAAAUUACUUCAGAAUCUGACUUGGUAUUUUGAUUUAAUGGCUAGACCCUUUGUGCUUCAUCAUAAUUCCCAUCAAAUUUAAUUAUCGAUGGGUUGGAAUUCAUUAUUUAUGAUUUUUGUCGUGCUUGUGAAGGGUUUUCCAUUGGUCUCUUAUGAGGACCUAGGUUUAUGUACUAGUACUAUUUUUUUGGUCCACACAGAACGUCAUAUUUUCCAAUUCGCUUCAGAAUUUU